ACAUCUAAGUACAGACAAACCGCGUAAACAAGAGAGAUAGAAGAGACCCAGCGGCGGCUGAUGAAGCCAGAGAUGGGGAGGAAAGAGGUCGGAAGAACGCCGCUGGUGCCUUCGCCGCCGACGCCGCCUUCCGCGGGUGGAAGGAGAGAGAAACAGUUCAGGGGAGUAAGGAUGAGAAAGUGGGGGAAGUGGGUGGCGGAGAUAAGAGAGCCGAACAAACGGUCUAGGAUAUGGCUUGGAUCCUACUCGACUCCGGUGGCGGCAGCGAGGGCUUACGACACAGCCGUUUAUCUCCUGAGAGGACGCUCAGCUCGGCUUAACUUCCCGGAGGAGAUCGAAGUCGAGGAGGUGACAAACGAUUUCAACAGCGGAAUCACGGCAGCUUCUAUUAGGAAGAAGGCUUCAGAGGUUGGGGCAAGAGUGGACGCUCUGCAGACGGGUGUCAUCCCGCCCCCUCCGCCUCCACCACCGCCGCCGUCGAGAUCGUGGAAAUACCCGGACCUCAAUUUGGAGCCGAGCCCCGAGACUUCCGAUGAAGAGUGAAGAAGUCUCUGUAUUUUUUUUUUUUCUUUUACAGGAUGGAGAAGAUGACGAUUUUGGUCAGAUGGGAAGACUGUUCUAUUUCCUUGAAGAAGGACUUAUGGAGGGGAUCGCCGGUGUUGUCAGCCUGCAACGGCGUGGUUGAGUGAGUGAAGACGGCCGGUAAGCGAGAGGACCGCGUCAAGUUGCGGUUACUGCUUUCCUCUGUAAAUUUCUCCCUUUGUCCGUUUAAAAAAACGAUUUUUAUUAAUAACAAAGAGAGUAAAAGAAGGUAAUUUGAGCUGCA